AUGACGCCUUCGGAUGGAGACCUCAAGCCCGACCCUCAGGGCACCCGGUCACGACGGUCUCCGAGUCCCCGGGCGCCGGAGGGCGACGAUGCCAGCACAGCGGAGAAGCCGUCGCCUGCGAUUGCAUAUAGGGUCAAGACCCCCGGCCAGGUCCUGCACGACGCAAUCGGUCGCAAAGACCUAGACGGAGUGACACGCAUCAUUCGAGCCUCGCCAGAUUGCGUCAACGCAAAGAACGAUCGCGGCCGGACGCCUCUGCAUGUCGCCGCACAAACCGGCCAGAACGACAUAGUCAAGCUGCUCAUCUCGAAGGGAGCAGAGGUGGACGCCCGGUCCGGUUGGAAAUAUACGCCCCUCACCUUAGCCACCGAAAGCUCUCAUCGAGACGUCGUGGUGACUCUGCUGGACUCGGGGGCGGAUCUGGGGGCGGUGACGAAGGAGGGCUUCACACCGCUGCACAAGGCGGUCCAGAAGGAGAGGAAGAACACGCAGGAUAUACUUGCGAUUCUGAUGAUUCGCGGUGCAAAAUGCAACGCACUGGAUAAAGAAGGGCUCACUGCACUGCAAGGUGCAGUGUUAGCAGGGAAGCUCUCCAACGCGCGGGUACUGUGUGUAUUUCGCGCAGAUCCAUAUUUCAAGAACACGGAUGGCAAGAACGCAUUUGAUUAUGCGAGAACACUAGAAAAGGAUGUCAGGGACGAAAUGACUGAGAUAUUGUCCAAGUGGGAGAAGUGUGGAAAGCAAAUGCGAAAGAUACUACCGCAACUAUCUCAGUUCAUCAAGAAAGAAGGCCAAAUCGAUGCGUCAGCCAUGCUAUCGUGGGCAUCGAGGGAGGGACACGCGCUACUUGUUGAAUUCAUCCUCAACUUCAUGGCCAAAGAUACCCCUGACAUCGUCGAAUCCGAGGGCUUGAAGAAGGGUUGGAAGCCUAUUCAUCAUGCAGCCUGGGCAGGUCAAAGCAAUGUUGCCGAGAUACUUUUGGCCCAUGGAUCCGACGUUAAUGCCAGGACGGGCACGCAGAAAUGGACGCCUUUACAUCUGGCUGCAGGAAAAGGGAAACAGAGGACGUUGAGGGUUCUACUGGACAAUGGGGCAGACAUUCUUGCUAUGACUGAGCAGGCGCCACGUUGGGUGGCGCACGAGGGAUCUCAGUCCUCUGAACCGUCUGCGGGAGUCACUGCAUUUUGGCUUACCGCAGUAGGCCGCCAUCCGAAGAGCCUGGACGUUUUGUUUCAGUAUAUUCUUCGCAUGAAGGAUGGCAACAGCCAUGUCAUGGCUCUCAACCAUUAUGAAAAAGCCAGAGAUCACCUCGCCAGUCUCAGUGGCCAACAAGAUGACGAGAAGUCUGGUCAUGACGAUGACUACAACACGAAGCCUGACUCCGAAGUUGGCACAGCAACAUCUGUACUUUCCCUUCUGCCAGAGCUUGAUGUGCCUGGCGCAGUUGGCUCGUUUGAUGGAACUUUCUUCUCCGGACCUACCUCAAACCUCCAAUUAUCCCAUUCGGCCACGUAUCAAAUGCUACUCAGUGUCUGGGACAACUUCGACUUCAAGAAGAAGUACGACCGACCAGUCAAGGUUGCCGUCCUAGACACCGGACUAGAUGUUACCCAUAAGAACUUCGAGAAUCCGAGGUUGAAUCGUUUUGUGGGUGGGAAACCAGUAUGGUCGCCUAAAGAAGAGCCAUCCCAGUACGAGAGAAUCAAGGCCUGUGAAGACUUCACGGACACCGGUCCAAUAACGAUAAAGGACGAUAUGAGAGAUCUUGACGGGCACGGCACCCAGGUCGCAGAGUUAAUUCUCCGGCUUGCCCCAAGAUCAGAACUAUACAUAGCUCGCAUAUGCGAGGGGGAGAUCAACCGCGGUACACCAACCCCGUCCGCGCCGACAGGCAAUCGGGUCAAGCGACCGCGGCCUGAUAUCGUCGCAAAGGCGAUCGAAUGGGCCCGGGAGCAGAAGGUGGACAUCAUCAACAUGUCAUUCGGCUUUUACGACAGUCACAAAGAGGUCAAGGCAGCCUUGAACCGUGCAGUGCGCGACUCCAAGAUUCUUGUGUUCGCCGCCAUGUCCAACGACGGGAACAACAGCCAACACGCGGCCUGGCCUGCAAGAGAUCCGAAUCUCGCGAUAGGCGUGCACUCCUGCGACAAGUGGGGGCGGAAGACAUCGGGAUUCACGCCGAGAUAUGUACACGGCUCGCACAACUUCAUGUUUGUCGGCGAGGAAGUCAUCACCCAGUGGCCGAUGGCCAAAGGUGGUGAUUUCAGACUUGACCAGGGCACCUCAUUUGCUGCGCCGGCCGUUGCGGCGAUGGCUGCUUUGAUACUCGGGUUCGCAUGGCAGCACAUGUGCAGGAAGGAGAGGGAGGAGGCCGAGAUUGACCUCGAGGAGUUGCGGGAGCUUGGGGGGAUGGAGAAGGUGCUUGAGCGCAUCAGUGAGAAGGAUGAGACGUUGCGGUACUCGUACAUCCACCCCAGGCUUCUGUGGAAGGACUUGAGCCCGAGCCUUGCCGAAGAUAAGAAUAAGGCUAGGCAGCAUGCCUGGAAAGCAAUCGUGGACUCCCUCGGGCUUUGA